CUCUCUCUCUCUCUCUCUCUCAUUAUACAAAAUUAUACAAAACGCAAGUGUGUUAUCGCCCAAAACUUUGCUAGUUAUUUUCCUUCAUUGACCGACCACUUUCUCAAGAGAUUCUUUCAGAUCUACAGUGUAAAAAGAAGAAAGCUGAAUCACAAAUCCAUUAUUGCUGUAACAACAGAGAGCCCAACAGUCUUUCCAUUACCCAGGUAUCUGAAGUGAACGUGAUAUUGACCUCAAUGGUUUGUGAAAUGGAGAACGACAAUGUGGAAGAGAUGGACAUUGAAGGCCUCUCUUCAAUGUGGCCUGAAGAUAUAAACGACGCUAGAAAGCAAUUACACAUAGAAAAGCCAGGAGCAGAUCAAGAUAUGUUGAAGGAAAUUAUAAUCACUGAGGAGCCUAGAGCUGUUGAUUUCAAGUGCCUCGUAGAGCUAACAAAUUACAGCGAGAAGGGCUCCUCUCAGUUAGCAUACCUCGUAAAGAACUGGGAAUAUAGACAGGCUAAUGCUGUGAGACUUCUCAAAGAAGAGCUUGACAACCUCAGCAAACAAAAGCAGGAAGUUGAGCUCAAGCACUUGGAGAUUUUGGAGGAACAUCGUUUUGAGGACGGUAGUUAUGGUGGUGAUAAACGUCCAAUAUCUGUAUUGGAUGAGGUGUAUGAUAUAUUGCCAGAUUUUCCUCGGAAGAUAAAGGAUGUAGUGGUUGAAAACAAAGGACUAGAAAUAGAAGCCGAGUAUGAUACCAUAAUUUACUGGAAGCAGCGCGCCAGGCAUUUUGAGGGAUUAUUGGAGGCUAGCAUCCAGAGGGAGCAGAUACUCAUGGAAAAGUUGCAGGAAAGCAUAGUGAAUUUGGAAAGGCAGUCCUCACCAGUCGAAGAAUUGUCCCAGAUUUUGAAAAGAGCUGAUCAUUACUUGCAUUUUAUUCUUCAAACUGCACCGGUAGUCAUGGGUCACCAGGAUAAAGACUUGCGGUAUCGUUUCAUCUAUAAUCCCUAUCCGAGUUUGCAUGAGGAGGAAAUUAUAGGAAAAACAGACGUGGAGAUAUUCACUGGCGCUGGUGUUAAGGAAAUUCAAGACUUCAAAAGAGAAGUUCUGGAAAGAGGAUUACCAGCAAAAAGGGAAUUUACUUUUGAGACAGAACUUUUUGGCUCAAAGACAUUUUUGAUAUAUGUGGAACCCGUGUUCAGCAAAGCAGGAGAUAAAAUUGGUGUGAAUUACAUGGGGAUGGAAGUAACUGAUCAGGUGAGGAAACGGGAAAAGAUGGUAAAACUUCGAGAGGAAAUAGCAGUUCAAAAAGCAAGGGAGACAGAACUUAACAAGACCAUUCAUAUAACAGAGGAAACAAUGCGAGCAAAACAAAUGCUUGCAACCAUGUCUCAUGAGAUAAGAUCUCCACUAGCAGGAGUCGUAAGCAUGGCGGAAAUUCUAUCCACCACAAAACUUGAAAAGGAGCAACGACAACUAUUGAAAGUCAUGCUAUCUUCAGGAGAUUUAGUUCUUCAACUUAUAAAUGACAUUCUUGACCUUUCUAAAGUAGAGUCAGGAGUUAUGAAGUUGGAAGCUACAAAAUUUAGGCCAAGAGAGGUAGUAAGGCAUGUACUUCAGACUGCUGCAGCGUCAUUGCAAAGGGUACUAAUCUUGGAAGGUCAUGUAGCUGACGAUGUUCCUGUGGAGGUUAUUGGAGAUGUUUUAAGGAUUCGACAAAUUCUCACCAACUUGAUUAGCAAUGCAAUCAAAUUCACCCAUGAAGGGAAGGUUGGAAUAAAGCUCUAUGUGGUACCAGCAGUAUCCCGUGGGUUGGGAGAAGGAUCUAAAGAGUUACAGGAACCAGAUAAAAGCUCAUCUUUGUCACAAAGUGAAAGUGAUCUGAACGUGUAUCACGAGCCAAUACAUCCGGAAGGUCCUUGCAAAAAUUCACUUAUUGAUGAGGCAAAAACCCCAGUUGAAAAUGGAACCUCGAUGGAUGGAGGUGAAGAGAACCAUCCUCAUGCAAGUGAAACAACCGUGUGGAUACGCUGUGAUGUUUAUGAUACGGGGAUCGGAAUACCUGAGAAUGCUUUGCCAACUCUAUUUAAAAAAUACAUGCAAGUAAGUGCAGACACAGCACGGAAGUAUGGUGGGACUGGACUCGGCCUAGCGAUCUGCAAACAGCUGGUCGAGCUCAUGGGAGGUCAGCUGACAGUGUCCAGCCGAGAACACCAUGGUUCCACAUUUACAUUUAGUCUACCAUACAAGGUUUCACCUGAAUCCGAUAAUUCAGAUGAUCCAGACGAGUUCUCAGAUAUGGAUGGUCAUGUAGUGGACCCCCAUGACGAAGAUAUAAGUUCUGGGGUUUUCAUAUUUGGACCACGCACUUUAGGUUCUCUUUUCUCUUCAAGUAGCUCUAGCAGAGCUCAAAACUUCUUACCGAACUGUGUUGCUCUUAAUGGCUCUCACAAACUUAAUGGGUUUUCAGAAGAUCCCAAUCCAUUUCCCGGUAGUUGCAUGUCAUCAAGAGAGGUGACAUCAUUAGAGGAUGCAUGUUCAGCUGUUGAUGGUGCCGAGACACCAUGUCAACAGGAAACUUCAAUUAGACAAAGCUCAGAUUCUAAUUCCAAAGUCACGAAUUGUAGUGAGAUACAGUCUCAGCAUAAAGAAAACGGUCAAUUCCAGGACCCUUUCAUGGUUUCCACUUGUUCCUCAAGGGUGGAAAGUGAAGAAGCAAGUGAAAAAGUAAGGCCAAAAGACUCUCAAGAAGAAGUAGAGAUGCAGGAGAGAUCUGAGAGAAGUUCUCAGUGCUCUUCUAGCAAAGGUCAAGAAAUUAUCAGAUCAAAGUUGAAACCUAAGAUCCUUCUUGUGGAAGAUAACAAGAUUAAUGUGAUGGUGGCACAGUCAAUGAUGACUCGAUUUGGUCACAACAUAGAUGUCGUGAAUAACGGAGUUGAAGCUGUGCGUGCAGUUCAGUCCUGUAGUUAUGAUCUCAUUCUGAUGGAUGUAUGCAUGCCAGUAAUGGAUGGCCUUCAAGCAACAAGACUCAUUCGUUCUUUCGAGGAAACGGGAAAUUGGGACGCUGCUGUUGAAGCUGGAAUUGAACACCAAAUGCCACAGAAUUCAGCAUCAAAUGAUCCACAAUUUAACUCGUCGCGAAACAGGAUCCCUAUUAUUGCUAUGACCGCAAACGCAUUGUCAGAGAGUGCAGAUGAGUGUUUUGCAAAUGGUAUGGACUCUUUUGUAUCGAAACCUGUUACGUUUCAAAAGUUGAAAGAAUGCCUUGAACAAUAUGUAACAUGAUAUGAUCUCCUGUAAAUGUUUGCAUCUGUAUAAAAAAGGAAAUGUGUGUUAGGAAAGUUUUGUAAUCAAUGUAACAUCUUCUGCUCAGAUUAGAGUCUCUGUUAACUUGUGUAUAUAAAUGCCAUAUUUUGCUGCA